UCCCACCCUUCUCCUCGGAUUCUCACCUCUCUACUCCGUGGACUUGCUGGUCAUUCUGAUAAAUAUCAAGAAAUUUUAACUGGAUCGGAUAUCGCGCCAACGACAUCGACGCCACGCAACUUGAAGUCUCAAAUUACUAAGAAUAGAAACAUGAACGCUCCUACACUGGUUCUUCUGCAGGACGAAGGCCCGACCCAUAUUGCGCCCACUGCAACAACGCCAAACCACCAGGACUCCGGAAAUGCUGGAUAUCCCACCGAUCCCGUCGAUAAAGUGAUUUCUAUGUUAUUACCGUCUCAGCGUAGCGCCGCCGAAGGAUAUUCCCAUGACACGAUCCCCUCCUUCGCUUCAAGCCCGACUUCGCCGAGCUUUGUGCCGGUAGCGACCGAGUCUCCUGCUUUCCCAGAACCAGCCUCGGUCGACGAUUUUCUCUUCGAACUUGAUCAGGGAAUCGAGCCCUCACUCGAGCCUCCCCUGUCCGAUGACACAUCUUCUACAACAGCAAUAUCGCUUCGUGACCGAUUUAGCGUCCCAUUUUCCCGGUCGACACCCACUUUCUCCGAUGCUUCAUCCACAAUUGCCCCAUCUUUUACAUCGUUCACAUCGUCUUUAAGGAAGAAAGUUGCAAGCAUUGCGUCUGCAGGCGCUUUCUUCAACGAAUGCUUGGACUCGAAGCCAUAUCGAACCUUCUCUGUGCGAACGUUUUGCGAGAGCUUAUUCAAUAGUCGUCGUGCUGCUAAUGCCAGGAUCGUGUCCCUUCAACGAUAUGGGGACCUCCAAGGGGUCCCGCAUCGAUUUCUCAUCAUGCGUGUCACUCGAGCCGAUGGGAGGGAGUUCUACCUUCGGCUGGAUCGCAGACGGGACCACCAAGUUCCCUUGUUGUUGUUUGGGGUACGGGAUUUGGGAACUUCACGCGCGAUAGAUACGCAAGUCCAGCGUAGAGGCUGUUAUGGUCUUCCCUACUCCUGCUCCUUUGAUCCCGGCUGCCCACAUUCUUGACAAUGUCUGACCCUAUGCUAUCAUCUGUUGAUCCACUCACUGCGUGUAGGAAAAUUGUUGGUUUUUCGCUUCCACCAUUCAGGAAAUGUUAAUGCGGAUGUUUGGGGCAAAGUAUGAUAAAGGGGUUCUUAAUCAUCCCACAAUCAGCCCUGA